GAAACAGCGAACCUGCAGCUUCGACGACGUCCCUCCAAGAAUCUCAUGAGCGGUUCUUGACGAGCCUUUGCGCCGCUCGUUCCUCUUUCAAUCCUCGGCCACCGCUCCAGUGACGCGAUCACUCAAAGGGCGUGGUGAAUAUACCGCAUGCUCUUAGCAGCAAACCUGCAGUGCUUUUACUCGCGCAGCGCUCGUCGCAGCAGGUGCAGCGUCUGCACCAAGAUCCGAUCCAGAGUCCCCUCCGGUGGAUCCCUCAUCGUCUCCCCCGUCUCCCCUGACGUCUCCCCCGACAUCUCCACCAACUCCUCCCCCAACUUCUCCCUCGACGUCUCCCUCGACGUCUCCCCUGACGUCCCUUUCAACUUUCCCCCCGAAGUCCCUCUUCGCGUCCCUGGCAGCGGCCCUCCCACACAGCCUCUCUGGCAUCGCCUUCACUCACGGCUGGCCCGUGGUGAAGGGCAAGGUGUUCGUGUGCUAUGUGGCCAAGCUGCGUCCCACCCGCAGCAACGGGAAAGUGGUUGGAGACCGAGGAGCAACCGGGAAAGCCUGGGUUAAGGGAGUGAAGGCCGUGGAUGGAAGCUUCCUUGUGAUGAAAGUACGCGUUGACAACAUCCGUCCGGAGGGGAGUCUGCCUCAAGUGCGUGUCCAUUCCUCAUGCCUGGAGGGUAUGUUACGACAAGGAGUACGGGAAUAGUGACCCAUAUCAGAGGAUUGCAGGCAACCGGGGUCAUCUGGUCAACCGUUACAGCUUCAUUGCCGGGACGAAAUUUGGCCCCGCGACUAUGGCCAGACGCAGCAAGGUAUCCAGUACUAUGUUUCUCUCUUAGGCAACGAUCUGUUUGUUGCGUCUCAUCAAAACAACAACUUUUCACUCUGCGGGAAGCUGAGGAAGAAGCGCUGAAGUUUCAUUCCAGUGUUGGGGAAUUGGAGCAUUUGCACUCAACUUUUCAACCUCGGAAGAUUGUCUCAGGCGUGCCACGGUUCUGUUAGAGGAAGCCGGUUUGGGGGUGUAUCAUGGCAAAGGAUGGGGACUCACAAGUGACGCCAGCAGGGAGGGUGGGUGAGGGGGGGGAGAGGUAGCCGGUUUUGGGGAAGAGCUGACUGGAGUGAGUCGGGUCGGGACAGGAGUGCACUAGGGCAUGCAAAAACGUUCUUGAAAAUUGGGGUGCAGCAUUCGUCCGAUCGAAACCAUGGGCUGCAAGUCAUGUGUGUGCAGGGUAGCUCAGCCUUAGAACACCUUGACCGAGUGCUUUUUCUUCGCUACUCUUGUUAGUUACCGUGUUAUGUGAAUUGGUUAGUAGUUCUGAUAUUUUACAGUACGACACCA